ACACAGCUUUUCUUUGCCUGUUGAAUUUCUUCGUACACGACUUUCAGAUUCUUAGCCUCCAGCUUAAUUCUGUGGCCCAACACCAUUCUUCUUAGACAAACAAACACGGUGACUUAUUUGGAGCAACAUUCUCAUGGCAGCUUCUCGGACCACUCCAUGGAGGCUGAUUUCUGGGAUCAUAGGAGUCAUGUGCCUUGUGCUGAUGGCUACUUUGGGAAUUUUGUUGAGCAAUGCAUUUACUAAAGGAAAUGUUCAGCCAAUACCAUCUCCAGGACCCACCACUGAACCCCUGGAAGGCUGUGGCUGUUAUUCUUGCCAAGAAAAGUGGAUUGGAUUCCAGUGCAACUGUUUCUUCAUUUCCAGUGAAAGAAAAACUUGGGCAGAAAGUAGAGAUAUCUGUGCUUCUCGGAAUUCCAGUCUACUUCAUUUGAAAAACAGAACUGAAAUGGAUUUUUUAAAGUUCAGUAAAACAUUUUACUGGAUCGGGCUCUCCUACAGUGAAGAACGUCGUGUCUGGCUGUGGGAAGAUGGCUCUGCUCUCUCCCCAGACCUAUUUUCACCACUUCCCACUUUAAACACAAAGAAUUGCGUACUGUAUGGCACAAGGAACAGUGUUUUGGAUGAAUCCUGUAAAGAACAAAAUCCUUACAUCUGUAAACAACAGCUUAUUUAGCGGUUGCUUAGGGCAGAAGGGUGGGCUGUGAAGGUCCAGUAUUACUAAGAAUGAUCACUUCAUAUGGGAAAUGCAGCUAUCAUAUCAUGAGCAACCCUGUUGAAAGGACCAUGUGACAUGGGACCAAAGUCUCUUAUGAAGAACUGGCAAGGGAAUAAAGUCUAUUUCUAGCAGUUAUGCAAUGAACUUCUUGCAAGUCGACUUUCCCACUCUAGUCAAGCCUUCAGAUAACACAGCCCCAGCUGACAUCCUGACGGCAACCUCAUGAGAGAACUUGAGUCUCUUCCAUCCUGCUAAAUUGUUCAAGGAUUCUUAACCCUCAGAAACUGUGUGAUAUAAUGUGUUUAUUCCUUUAAGCUGCUGUUUGUUGGAUGUAGUGGUAGACUCACUCAUAAGACCUAUUUUAAGAAAAAAGGAAGCAAAACAAAAACAAAAUUACUGAAAGGAGUCAACAGUUUUCCAUAAUUCUAGAAGUUCUGUGCCUCAAAAUUUCCUUUAUAUGGUCAUUACUAUGCACUUUGUUUUCAAUAAAGUUGACCCCACUCCAGUAUGAAAAUUGAGCUCCAACUGAUUUAAUUCCAGUUAAAGAGUAGAGAUGAGUCUAUUUUCUCAAGCCAAGUACCACACAGUUACCUUUGGGAAUUAUCUCCUCAGGCCAUUUAUCACACAGUUACCAUUGGGGAUUAUUGAAAUACUUCAAAUUUAAGUUGAACACUUUUAAUUUAACAUCAAAUUAAAGUCCAUCAAAAUGGACUUUUGAACAGGUUAUCUGGUUACUAGUUUUAUUCUAAAACACUUACUAUAAAACUGACAUAAGUGUCUUAAGAAAUUAUGUUAAUAGCAUAGAAUUAAAGUUUGUGGAAAAUUAAUAAUAAAUAAAAAUGUCAUUAUUAAACAAUAAGCUAUAGAUAUCUUCAUUUCUGUGAAAAUAAAAUAGCCUAACUCACAAGUAAAAUGUAAGUAUUCAAUAUCCUUACCAUUUGAUGUCAUUUAAGUAAACUUAAUAGGUUCAUGUUUUAUACUUUAGGUAAUUAGAAAUAAAAUAGGUAAUCAUAAUUCUAGCAACUGGCUUCAUUCAAUAGCCAGUAAAAUAUCAUUUUUCCAUUGUUUUAUUCAAUAAACAAAUUUCUUUGAAUCAUA